AUGAGCGAAGCCGUAUUUGGCGAUGCGCCAUCCGACUUUCAAGAAAAAUUGUGGACUCUCUGCACCAAGGAUCACCAAGGACAUCCCGUAGAGCUGGCGUGGGUACUCAGAGACGACAAUGUUCCCAGAUACUCCAAACCAUCGCUGCCUUUUCAGGUUUACAUUCUCGAUACUGCUCCCAGAACAAUCAAGUUUGGCAACCUUCCAGAACUUCUUGCGCGAUGGAUGGACUGGGCAAGCGUAUUCCAACCCUUACAGAGGACCAUGUGUCACUUUGAAAUCUACCGCUCGCCCUUUCCCAAUGUUCUCGCGUGCAUUGAUCAUCAACGCGAAGAGAUAAAGCAUCGAAAUUCGAGGGAAGGAUGGUCUCACCUAGUCGAGAAUUGGGCAGACUUUUAUUUGUGUGAGAGUUGUCCUUGGAAUAUGGGGUACAUUCUGGUUAUCGACCGAGACGACUGGACGGCCGAGGGCGCGCUACAUGUCAAGUUUGCACAAACAUCUCAUUCCCAGGCUAUCACAACCGACCAUGCUGAGCAGUGUACAGACUUGGGACCUCCAAUCUCUGUACAUGCCACACGAAAUAGAACCACCUAUGAGUUCUUCUUAACCCUGCUUAAGCGCCGUCGUCUUUUCGAGAAUGGGAGAAAGUGGCAUGCAAAAAGUGCAUCCUUAGUUCGAUCUUACGGCGAUGAAAUCGAGGACUUUGGUGAGGAUUAUGUCGAUGAACAGACAUUCCAGACGCGACUUGAGCAGAGACGGCAGGAAGCCAGAAAAAAUCGAGAACAGAGGCGGACCGAAUAUUUGGCAGAGUGUGUCCUUUCUCGGACACGCUUGUCGACAAAUGAGCAGUUGCCGGGCCUGAUUGUGCACAACUACUUUGACGACAUGAAUUGGCCCGUCAGUAACGUUUGGGACGCUCGCCACAACGGACGGAGACCUGAAUUGUCGUUUACGUUGUACCUCGCAGACGACACGCCGCCAGUCUCGCCACAGGCUUUGUACACCCUCCUGCACCAGGAUGCGCCCGAAGACUCGUCCUGGUCCCUCGACAUUGUGUGGCAGACUACCUGCAUCUCAACGGCGAUGCAGCACUAUUCGUAUGAAGCACAUGGUUGGCCAGGUAGAAGGGCUACGGCAAGGCAUUGCCUCUCCAAGUUUCGCAAGCAGGUGUUCCGCAGGGCUGUGGGUCACAUCUUUCCAGAAGAACUACUACAAAACAUCUUAGACCUUUCAAGCAUGCGUCGACCUAGGAAGGAGGAUCUCAACCCGACAUACGACUCUCGACCGCAUGUCUUCAUGUAUCUUGACGCAAAAUCGUUCUGCUCUGGGCCCCAGAUUGUCAUUGCUGACCCUCAAGUGAUCAACAGCAAGACCAUCACACCGGAUGAUGAACGAGAGGUGCAUCUCAAGGCGCCUUGGGUUAGUUCCGACUUCGCAGACGGGUUUCAUACUGCUCUUGAAGUGUCGCACUGGAGAAGCUGGGCUACAGUCGCCGAUCGACUUCACACGCUCUGGAGCUUGCGAGCUUCUCGGAGCUUCAAGAUCGAGGAACAGCAGCUACCAUACUUCGUUCUGGACAUUCAGGUGGCUGAUUUUUGCUCUCCCCGCCCCCAUGGAAGUGUCGACGCGGCCUUGCGGUCGCGGUCUACCGUCCCGUGUUACCCGAGUCGUUUAUCUUCGACUGUGUGA